CUCCUCCAACGUUGCUGCGACCGAGAGUGCGCAGCGCCCCGCGAGUGCUCAGACCAGCAGAGGAACCCCCGGGCGGGUCAGCUGCGAAAUCCAACAUGAAAAUCCUCGUGGCUUUGGCAGUGAUUUUUCUCGUCUCCACUCAACUGUCUGCAGAAGAAAUCGGAGCCAACGAUGAUCUCAAUUAUUGGUCCGACUGGUCCGACAGCGACCAGAUCAAGGAGGAAAUGCCUGAGCCCUUUGAGCAUCUUCUGCAGAGAAUCGCUCGGAGACCCAAGCCUCAGCAGUUCUUUGGAUUGAUGGGCAAACGGGAUGCUGAUUCCUCAAUUGAAAAGCAAGUGGCCCUGUUAAAGGCCCUUUAUGGACAUGGCCAGCUUUCUCACAAAAGGCAUAAAACAGAUUCCUUUGUUGGACUAAUGGGCAAAAGAGCUUUAAAUUCUGUGGCUUAUGAAAGGAGUGUGAUGCAGGAUUAUGAAAGAAGACGUAAAUAGACUACCUAACAUAUUUAUUGAGCUUCAUUUGUGUCAGUGGUCAAAGAAAGGUAAAAUGAGACAUGUACUACGAGGAAUAAUUAUUUAUUUAAUAAUUGUUGUUUUGAGUUUAAAACUCAAGAAGUAUUUAUUUUUCAUAUUGUGGCAAUAUAUGUUGUAAAAAAAUGUGUUGUAAUUCUAAUAUGACAACUCAGUCAGAGGUAGAAAUCAGUGGUAACAUCUCAACAGAGCACAGUGUUCAAUGAAGUUGUAAAAACCUA